AUGAGCUCAUCUGGAUACGGAACGAUCUCAGAAGAGGAGCCGGAAGAAGCGUCGUCGUCAAACAAAGAGUUCCUGCAGCGGGCAAAAGAGCAGCUCCAAACAAUUGUGGGCACAGCAAAACCAUGGAAGGACAUGAUGAAUCCUUCUCGCCUCGCACGGCCAUUCUCCUUCUUCAACUUCCUCCAGAGAAUGAAGAGGAAUGCGCGUGUUUUCCGCACGAACUACGUGAUGGUGAUAUUGUUGAUGGUGUUGCUCACUUUGCUGUGGCACCCCCUCUGCGUCAUCAUAUAUUGCGCACUGAUGGCGGCAUGGAUGGUGUUGUAUUUGGUGCGAGAUAACCCUCCGAGGAUUUGUGGGUUUGCGAUUGACGAGAGAUUGGUGGCGGUGUUGCUGCUAAUGGUGACAGUGGGAUUGGUAUGUCUGAGCAACGUGACAGAUAACAUAUUAGUGGGAGUGGGCGUCGGGGUGUUGAUUGUGUUAGUUCAUGCUGUUCUGAGAGAGACAGAGGAGGAUGAAGAAGAUGGAGCAGGCAUUCGUCUGAGACACGCUGCUUCCUCUUCUUUCACUGCCUAA